AGCAUGACAGCAACGUUUCCACUAUUGCAAACAAAACAGACAGGAAGAAAUGGACCAAGCAGUCUUGAAAAGAGUCCAGUUCAAUGUGCUGCAGUGUUCUCAGUUUGGAUGUGAACUACUUUUCUUUUCGUUAUUAUAAUGGCGUUCAAUGAGACAAAUCCAUUUCUGGAUAUACUAAAAUCAUUUAACAUUGGGAACCUAGUCCUAGCCUUCUGUCUGUCCAUGCUGUUGGGCCUCCUGAUUGGAGCGCUGAUCUACAUCCUCCUAACAUGGCUGUCGAGACGCAGAGCCUCCACCCGGAUUACCAGGCGUCCCAAACAGCAGCACCGCUCAGCCACCUCCCAGCCCUCACACAACCCCAUGGCCAACUGCCAAGGCCUCUACCGGAGCACAGUGUUCGACCGGCACAGCGACAACAGCCUCAGAGGAGGUAUUCUGAGCCUAUAUAGACAACCAUCGGUGGAGCCGGUUGGUCCACUGGGGAAGAAGACCAGCUCAGGAUCAUCCACCUUCCGACCAGUGCCCAAGGGCAGCAGGAUGGGUCAAGGUGACGGGUCUGAGGGUGACACUAACAACCAGGAUACCUUGCCUCUUCAUGACACUACUGCCACCAAUUCAUCAGCAGAAGAUACUGCCUCCCUCAUGCCAACUCAACCCCAACGGAACUCUUUUUGGUUGGGAAACAGCAGUCUUAAAGGGUUCCUGCCCACACAGACUCCUCCUCCCACAUAUGACAGUGUCAUCAAUGCCUUUCAAGAGACAUGCACCUGAUGAUGUCACCAUAUGCUGCCUGGGAUACAUAGGUUGACUGGUUAUUACAGUAUAGGCUUCCUGUCUUAUGGAGAACUGUUCAGUUUUGAGUAAGGUGACCUUUGGUCCUUCUUUGGGCCAUCGUCCACCCUGCCUUCUAUUCAGUCUACUAUCUAAGAAAACUAAAUAAAUAGAUUGUGCUCUGACUGACCAUAGGUUAUGUUUAUGUUGAAAAACUGUGUGUAUCCCAAUGGAAUCUAUGUACAGGAAGAUGAAGGGUCGAGAGGAUUGUCUAUUAUGGCCCACGUUUCUGUGAUAUGUUGAUAAAGUUGUUAAUAAAGUUGUAGUUAUUAUCCAGUCU